AUGAUACCAUACCAAACUGAAGUACCGAAUCCAGGACUGACGCUGGAGCAGCGGCCGAUCAAGUUGGAGGGCCGGCACGGUGCUCGAGUGGACCGCCGAGCGCUCGUCGAUCGCGCCAAUGUCGUCGUGACCUCUGUCGACCCGCAAACCGUGCUGUCGGUGGGCAACGGGCAGACUGCCUUCACCGCAGACGUGACCGGCCUGCAGACUCUCAACGCCACCUACCUCUCCCCGCCGCUGCUGACGCAGACGCACGCCGACUGGGGCUGGCACGUCACGCCGCCGCCGGCCGGCGUGGAGCCUCUCCGCUUCACCGAGGCGGAGAUCUCUGCGCGCAACCACUCCGCCAGGUACCCCGUGCUGCAGCCAAAGCUGGCGGCCGAGACCGCCUGGCUGCGCGCCAACCCUCACCGCCUCUCGCUGCUCCGCCUCUUCCUCCGCCGCACCGACCCACGCCUGCCUCCGAUCGCGCCGUCCGACCUGCGGUCGCCUCGCCAGACGCUCCACCUUUGGAACGGUACGCUGACCUCCUCGUUCGAGCUCGACGGCGCGCCCGUGUCGGUCGUCACCGCCGUCCACCCCUCCCUCGACGCCCUCGCCACGCGGGCCUUCCAGGGAGGGCUCGAGUGGGGCAAGGCCGACCGCCACGCCUCCACGCUCGUCAGCGGCGGGCGGCGGUGCGACGGCCGCCCGGUCCUCCUCCGCCGCCUCGACGCGACGACGCACUACGUCCACCUCGCUCUGGGCGGCGGGGGCUGCCCCCACCUCGCCGCCGGCCGCGUGCCGCACGACUGGUCGAUCGCCCGCGCGGAGGGGGGAGGCGUGGAGGGAGGCGUGGAGGGAGGCGCCUCGGGGGAGGGCAGUGCCUGCCUCGACGCCACGCUGUGGCUGUCGCCCGCGCGCGAGCAGGUCGCGCCGCCCUCGGCGGCGGAGGUGUUUGCGGCGGCGGCGGCGCACUGGCCACGCGAGUGGUCGCGCGGCGCGGCGCUCGACUUGUCCGGCAGCGCGGCCAAGGGCGCCGCCGCCCUCGAGGCGCCUUGCGCCGCCGCGCUCGAGGCUCGAGUCGUGCGCUCACAGUACCUCUCGAUGUCGCAGGAGGCGGGGAGCAGCCCGCCGCAGGAAGAUGACCGCUCGUGCAACCUCGGGUGAUCUCGGGCGAUCUCGGGUGAUCUCGAGGAGCAGUGCCGCCGCAGGAGACGGGGCUUGUCCUCAACUCGUGGUACGGCAAGUUCCACACCGAGAUGCGGCGCGCCUCGCCCUCUUCUCUGCCCGCUCCCCGAUGCCAGCUCCGCAAC